AGCUGAUGUUUAUAGGAAUGAGGGUAAUGAGUCCUUCAAGAAAAGAGAUUUCAUCAAUGCUAUUCAUUUUUACACCAAAGGAAUUAAAAUGAACUGCAACAAGAAAGAACUGAAGGCCAAACUGCACAACAACAGGGCUAUUGCACAUUCUAAACUUGGAAAUCACCAGGAUUCACUAAGGGAUGCAGAAGCAGCCAUUGAGUUAAAUCCAACUUUCUUUAAGGCAAUUGUGAGAGGAGCCACUGCUUGUGUUGAAUUGAAGAGAUUUGAAGGAGCAAUCACUUGGUGUGAUAAGGGACUAGCUAUUGACAAAAACAAUAGGAUCUUGUUGUCAUUAAGACUUCAGUCUGUCAGUGAAGUGGGAGAUAAGUCCAUGGAGGAAAAAGAUCCUAUUAGUCAUGACCACGCCAUAGAGUACCUCAACCUAUAUCUUAAAAUAGCUAAAGAAGUAGGAGACAAGCAUGGGGAGGGUAACGCUUAUGGCAAUCUUGGCAAUGCUUAUGACCGUCUGGGUGAUUUCAAAAAAGCCAUAGAGUACCACAACCUACAUCUUAAAAUAGCUAAAGAAGUAGGAGACAAGCAUGGGGAGGGUGGUGCUUAUGGCAAUCUUGGCAAUGCUUAUCACCGUCUGGGUGAUUUCAAAAAAGCCAUAGAGUACCACAACCUACAUCUUAAAAUAGCUAAAGAAGUAGGAGACAAGCAUGGGGAGGGUAACGCUUAUGGCAAUCUUGGCAAUGCUUAUCACCGUCUGGGUGAUUUCAAAAAAGCCAUAGAGUACCACAACCUACAUCUUAAAAUAGCUAAAGAAGUAGGAGACAAGCAUGGGGAGGGUGGUGCUUAUGGCAAUCUUGGCAAUGCUUAUCACCGUCUGGGUGAUUUCAAAAAAGCCAUAGAGUACCACAACCUACAUCUUAAAAUAGCUAAAGAAGUAGGAGACAAGCAUGGGGAGGGUAACGCUUAUGGCAAUCUUGGCAAUGCUUAUCACCGUCUGGGUGAUUUCAAAAAAGCCAUAGAGUACCACAACCUACAUCUUAAAAUAGCUAAAGAAGUAGGAGACAAGCAUGGGGAGGGUAACGCUUAUGGCAAUCUUGGCAAUGCUUAUCACCGUCUGGGUGAUUUCAAAAAAGCCAUAGAGUACCACAACCUACAUCUUAAAAUAGCUAAAGAAGUAGGAGACAAGCAUGGGGAGGGUAACGCUUAUGGCAAUCUUGGCAAUGCUUAUAUUAGUCUGGGUGAUUUCAAAAAAGCCAUAGAGUACCACAACCUACAUCUUAAAAUAGCUAAAGAAGUAGGAGACAAGCAUGGGGAGGGUAACGCUUAUGGCAAUCUUGGCAAUGCUUAUCACCGUCUGGGUGAUUUCAAAAAAGCCAUAGAGUACCACAACCUACAUCUUAAAAUAGCUAAAGAAGUAGGAGACAAGCAUGGGGAGGGUAACGCUUAUGGCAAUCUUGGCAAUGCUUAUGACAGUCUGGGUGAUUUCAAAAAAGCCAUAGAGUAUCACAACGUACAUCUUAAAAUAGCUAAAGAAGUAGGCGACAAGAGAGGGGAGGGUGCUGCUUAUGGCAAUCUUGGCAAUGCGCAUCGGAGUCUGGGUGAUUUCAAAAAAGCCAUAGAGUACCACAACCUACAUCUUAAAAUAGCUAAAGAAGUAGGAGACAAGCAUGGGGAGGGUGUUGCUUAUGGCAAUCUUGGCAAUGCUUAUUUUAGUCUGGGUGAUUUCAAAAAAGCCAUAGAGUACCACAACCUAGAUCUUAAAAUAGCUAAAGAAGUAGGAGACAAAUCCUUGGAGGCAAUGGCCUACUGUUCAUUAGGAUUGGUUUUUGAGUUGCAAGGUGGACUGCCAAAAGCCGUUGAACAUUACCAAGCUAGCAUAAACUUAUUCAAUUCCUUGAGAGUACUUCUAAAAUCUAAAGAUGAGUGGAAAGUUAAUUUUCGAAAUCAGCAUCAAAUGGCGUAUACGGGUUUGUGGAGAGUUCUCGUAGAACAAGGUAAUGUAGAUGAAGCCUUAUUUGUUGCUGAGAAAGGACGAGCUCAAGCUCUGACCGACCUCAUGGAAUCCAGUUUUUGUGGUGGAACAAGUCACCACAAGGGAGAAGAUGAAGAUUGCACAGUUUUAAAAAACGUUCCAUCAAACACUGUCUUUCAGGCAGUGGACAAAGCUAACGUCAAUCUUUGGGUUGUGUCCGAAGGAAAACAAGUUCAGUUAAGACAAAGUAAACUCAAAGGUUUUGUUUCAGAGAAUAGUGGAUCUAGCCAGUCCUUUGAGUCGUUCAUGCUCGGUGUCUAUACACAACUUGGUGUUCGUUCUAAUGUGAGAUGCGAGAAUCGAUCUUUAGAUGCUUUGAGGGAGGGCCGUUCAAAAGUGGAUGAGAAAACCAAAGAAGCCAACCCUCAACCUCACAUCCAACAAGACGGAUGCUUGAGCACUUUGUAUGAUAUCGUUAUGAAGCCGGUGGCUGACUUGAUUGAAGGGGAUGAGCUACUCAUUAUUCCUGAUGGACCCCUGUGGAUCGCUCCUUACGCUGCAUUGAAGGAUGGUAAUUCUAAAUACCUGUGUGAAUCGUUCACAAUCCGAGUCGCUCCAUCGUUAGCAAGUCUUAGACUCAUUGCCGAUUGCCCAGAUGAUUAUCACAAAAGCAGUGGUGCGUUACUUGUAGGAGAUCCGUGGGUAUCCGAGGUUACUAACAGCGAGGGAGAGAAAGUCCUCGAGCAGCUUCCGUGUGCUAAAGAAGAAGUAGAAAUGAUCGGAAAAAUUCUGAAUAUCACGCCAAUCACUGGCAGACAGGCCACGAAACGUGAGGUGUUGAAAAGACUCAGUUCCGUUUCCUUAGUUCACUUUGCGGCACACGGAUGUAUGGAAACUGGCGAAAUUGCUCUUACACCUAACCCAGACCGAAUAUCUACUGUGCCAACGGAGGAGGAUUACAUUUUAACAAUUGGAGAUGUGUUGAAUGUUCAACUUCGCGCCAAACUUGUUGUGCUUAGUUGCUGCCACAGUGGUCGGGGCGAGAUCAAGGCUGAAGGUGUGGUUGGCAUUGCGCGCGCUUUUAUGGGGGCUGGUGCUCGGUCUGUUGUGGUGUCCCUGUGGGCGAUUGAUGACGAGGCUACUCUCGAGUUCAUGAAAUGCUUUUAUCAACACCUUGCAGAAGGUAAACCUGCAAGCGAGUCACUGAACCUGGCCAUGAAAAGCCUCAGAGAAUCAGACAAGUUCUGCGACAUCAAACACUGGGCGCCCUUUUUGCUGAUUGGAGAUGACGUCACUCUUAACUUCAUGGCAAAGGGAAGAGAAAAUUUAAAUGUAAAAUCACAUAAAUGAAAAUUGUCUUUUUUUCUCAUCCCAAAAAAAACGACGUAGGAACUUGGACAGCUUAAAUGUUUCUCUAUUUUGAGAAUUUUUAACUAUUUUUCAUUGCAUUUUACUUUUUUGUUAAAUGGAACUUGAGAUGUGUAACUCUACCUUGAUGAAGAAAUAAAAACAGUCUAUUUCAAAUGUUUUGAUCAGUGGAAUUGUCUUUUCAGUUACCUUUAAAAUUUAACUGCUUACAAAGAGAACGAAAUGUAACAAGGCUUCUCUUAUGAAUGCCUACAGUAGUUGAAGGAGAUUACGAGGUUUUUGUUUUCGUCAAAAUGACACUCAGCUCUAUUCCUGUAUUACAAUCAGUUGUAUGGAAAACAAUUUAAAGGUUUUUUUUUCUUUUACAUAACCAGGAGCUUGUUCACUGGGUUUUAAUUACCUUUAUACUCUAAGCGUUUGAUAAGCAAAGAAACAGUUCGUCAUUUGCAAAAGUUGGCCAAAUUGUUAUUUCCAAAAGUUUGAUUUGCAAAAUUUGCAGCAAUAUGUUAAUAAAACUUGGGUGAUUUCUCUACAUCAUAAAUUACUUUGUUACAAUUUGAGAUUAUCUUCAUAAGAGAAAUUGACUAAUAUUUUUUUCAAUCUAUUCUAAUGCAAUCUAAUUUUAUCAGAGCCAAGAUUGCCAUUCUAAGCUUAAUUUGAAGAAGUAAACAUCACACAUAAUGUUAUUGAAUUUACUGACCAUAUGUUACCGACAUUAGACCGACUUUUAGAGGUGUAGCCAGCUUCUAGUCCCGUAGGCCCGGCAUACAAUUGUAUUCCGCCCGCUUCGCUUUUAUGAUAUGACUCUUGCAAAUGUUGAAACAAAAAUUGAACUUUCUUAAGGAACAGGCCUAUAACAAGUCAAAAGCUGGCUACAACCUUGUUAUUAAUCGAACGAGUUUCGUCAGUUCUAGUUCGUUUUAUCAAACACUUAUCUUUUCGUUUUAAAGAACUACGGCGAUAGGUUAAAAAUUGUCCAUGUAAUCUAAACAAGGAAACAGCGAAGCAGAGUUCACUGUAACUGAAGUUUCCAUAGCUGUGACUUCUAAUGUAUGUGCUAUGGAAUUUGCUGUUUCUUGUAAGAAAAUAUUAACGCUAAUUAAUUGGAGAAGCAGAUGAAUUAAGCCAUGUAGUCAAUAAUGGGGAUUUUUUUUGGUUAAAAGGUUCAUGAACAAAAAUGUAAAUCUAGUCCUUAGUUGGAAAGGUUCAGCACUUUAGGAUAAAACUUUCAAUUUUUGAAAAUUCCUUGUU